GGCGCAUCUUCUCAGAAACAGCGCUCUCUCCCUCUUCGCUUGCAGAACGGAAAUCUCCGCUGCUCUCUCUUCUUCAUCCCUUCUUCAGGCGAGCCUCUGUUCUUCACUUUUCUUCUUUCUUGUUCAAUUUUCGUAAGAAUUUGCCUUUUCUUCAUCUUCACAUGCUCUUUUCUCUGCACGCGGCUUUACUGCACCUUUCCAAUUUUGUUACAAUGAGAGCUAAAGCUACUUUCCCGUUCGCAAUUCUGUGAAAAAAACCCUAAAUUUCCUCUUCUUCUGAGCUUGAAAUUCUUGAGAAAACUAGAAAACGUGUUAUUCGUUUGGUAAUCACUUUUAAGUUUUUGUGUUGCUGAAUUUAUAUGAAAAACUCUGUUUGUUGUUAAAUUUGCAUUCUGAGAAAGGAGGAGGAAGAUUCAAUUUUGUGUUUAAGAACAAUUUUUUAGAAUAUAUUUAUGCAUUAUUUUGAAAGGAUGAAAAAGUGUGUGUUUUGUGUUUGAUCUUUUGUCUCAUACGGGAAUCUCCUUUUUUUUUGCUUGCUGACAGAGAUUUUGGAAGUUUUCGAGAUAAGAACAGUAAGUUUCAAUGGCGUCCGGGCUCGGCAAAGACCUAAUUUACGUGAUUUUGCAGUUCCUUAACGAAGAAAAGUACAGAGAAACUGCUCGCAUGCUUGAGAAAGAAUCAGGGGUGUUCUUUAACAUGAAGCAUUUUGAGGAAUUGGUGAUGGGCGGGAAAUGGGAUGAGGCUGAGAAGUAUCUUUCUGGAUUCACCAAAAUGGAGGACAAUCGCCAUUCAAUGAAGAUCUUUUUUGAAAUUCGAAAGCAGAAGUACCUCGAGGCAUUGGACAGGCAAGAUAAGGGCACAGCUGUUGAUUUCCUCCAGACUGAUCUGAAAGUAUUUUCUGCUUUGAAUGAAGUUUUGUACAAGGAGCUAGCUCAACUUGUUGUCUUAAAUAACAUAAGGGAGAAUCCACAGUUAACAAAUUAUGGGGAUUCAAGGACAGCUAGAGCAAUUAUGUUGGUAGAGAUCAAGAAGCUUAUUGAGGCAAAUCCUCUUUUCAGCAUUGAUAAAUUGGUGUUCCCUGAGAUGAAGAGUAAAAGGUUACACAUGCUCAUCAAUCAUAGCCUAAAUUGGCAGCACUCUCUUUGUGCGAAUCCACUGCCAAAUCCUGAAAUGAAAACUAUUUUGGUGGAUCACCAUUGUAGAAGUCCAAAUGAUCAGUAUGGUACCCAACUGAAUUUAAGCAAUCAGCACCAUGGUUUUCAAUCAAGAGCUGAGGGUUUGACUCCAAUGUUUGCAAGUGGGAUAUUUCAACCCAUGGCAGCACCAGUUCAAACUCCUUUGAGCUCCUGGAUGGCUGCUACCCCUUCAAGUUCAAGUCAUCCAGUAUCUGGGGCAGGGAUAGUUUUAAGUGGUCUAACAAAUACAAGUAUGGCAGCCGUGUCAAGGGGUGCUGGGGAUUUUGCCAGUACGUCAAGAGCAAGGCCUUCUGCAGCUGCAGACAGGACAAUGAUGCCAGGACCAAGCCACAGUCAGAAUGCUGGUUUGACACUUAACACAAGUGAUGAUCUUCCCAAGAUUGUUGCACGGACAUUGAAUGUUGGAUCAUUCCCUACAAGCAUGGAUUUUCAUCCUAUUCAACAGACUCUGCUUCUGGUUGGAACGGAUGUGGGGGACAUCAGUUUGUGGGAAGUGAGUUCUAGGGAGAAGUUGGCUUCAAGAAAUUUUCAAUUAAGGGAUAUAACAUCAAGCUCAAUGACAUUAAAGGCAGCUUUAAUCAAAGAUCCUUUUGUCUCAGUUAGACGUAUAUUAUGGAGCCCUGACGGUUCAUUCUUUGGAGUGGCUUAUUCCAAGCACUUGGUGCAUUUGUAUGCUUAUUUUGGAGGAAAUGACAUCCGGCUUCACUUGGAGAUUGACUCUCAUACUGGCAGUGUAAAUGAUAUAGCAUUCUCCAAACCCAAUAAGCAGCUUUUCUUUAUUAGUUGUGGUGCUGACAAGACCAUCAAGGUGUGGGACAUAGCAACUGGGGCUCAAUUGCAUAAAUUUGAAGGUCAUGAAGCUGCCGUGCAUUCUCUAUGUCCUCAUAACAAGGACAAUGUUCAUUUUAUCUUUUCAACAUCAGUAGAUGGAAAGAUAAAGGCAUGGUUAUAUGAUACUGCGGGAUCCAGGGUUGAUUAUUUUGCACCUGGUUGCUCCUGUUCAACAAUGAUCUACAGUGCUGAUGGGAAAAGAUUAUUCUCAUGUGGCACUAGCAAAGAAGGAGAAACACACUUAGUUGAAUGGAAUGAAAACGAAGGAAUUGUGAGGAGAACCUACCAAGGGUUUACCAAGCGUUCUUUAGGACUUGUGCAGUUUGAUACUAGCAAGAAUCGCUACUUAGCUGCAGGUGACGACUACUUGGUUAAAUUCUGGGACAUGGAGAAUCCAAUUCCUUUAGCAACUACCGAUGCUGAGGGAGGACUAACGGCAACUCCGCGCAUUCGAUUUAACAAGGAAGGCUCCCUGUUGGCUGUUUCUGCGAAUGAAAAUAGAAUAAAGAUCUUGGCAACUGUUGAUGGCCUUCUCUUGAUACGUACGUAUGAAAGUCGUACAGUUUCUGCAUCAAGAGGGGCUUCUGAGAUUCCAACAAAGAAUGGUGACUCUAUAAAUCUUCAAGAUGUCAAAGGUAAAGGAAUUGCAGAAGGAAACCCAACAAAAGCCUGGAAACCCACUGAAAUUAAUGCACCAGCUCGAUUUCGUUCAUUGAAACUCUCAGCUCAUAUUAAAACGGAUAAGAUAUCAAGGUUGAUUUACAAUAAUUCAGGCAAUGCAAUUUUGGCACUGGCAUCUAAUGCAAUCCAUCUACUUUGGAGAUGGAGUCGAAAUGACUUGAACACUAGUGGCAAGGCAACAACCAAGGUUGCCCCUCAACUAAUGCAACCAGCAUCUGGAUUAGUAAUGAUCAAUGAUCUGACUGACUGUAAGCAAGAUGAAGCUGUGCCCUGUUUUGCUGUGUCCAAGAAUGACUCCUAUGUGGUGUCUGCAUCGGGAGGGAAAGUUUCAUUGUUCAACAUGACGACAUUUAAGACAAUGACAUCUUUCAUGCCUCCACCACCUGCGGCAACAUCUCUAGCUUUCCAUCCUCAAGACAACAAUAUAAUUGCUAUUGGCCUGGCUGAUUCCACAAUAUGCAUUUAUAAUGUUCGUGUUGAUGGGGUCAAGAACAAGCUAAGCAGUCACUCCAAAAGGAUCACUGGCCUUGCCUUCUCCCAGCUGCUAAACACACUGGUUUCUUCUGGAGCCGAUGCACAGAUAAUUGUUUGGGACUCUGAGAAAUGGAUUAAGCAGAGAGGCUGUUUCUUGUUUCCUCCUGGGAGGAAAUGUGCAGCGUCAGAGACAAAUGUGCAGUUUCAUCAUGAUCAGAAGCAACUGCUUGUGAUAAAUGAGGCUCAGCUUUCCAUUUAUGAUAUCAGAAAAUUGGAAUGCUUAAGACAAUGGAUAGUUGAAGAAUCUUCAGCUCCAAUCUCGCAUGCAACCUUUUCAUGCGACAGCCAGUUUGUGUACUGCAGCUUCUUGGAUGGAACUAUUCGUAUAUUUGCUGCGCCUAAUCUUCAAUUACAAUGUCAGAUUAAUCCUGCUGCUUACCUUCCAUCUGGUAUAAGUUCUUCUGUGUAUCCCCUCGCAGUCGCAGCACAUCCUCAGGAUCCCAAUCAGUUUGCCAUAGGGCUAGUUGAUGGAAGUGUUCAUAUUCUGGAGCCACCAGAAACUGAGGGAAAAUGGGGUGUGCCCCCACCUCUGGAAAUAUCCUCAACAAGUAGGACUCCUCCUCCAGCUGCAGCCCCAGAUCAGAUGCAAACUGAUUGAUUCAACUGGAAUUCUAGCUAAUCUUGGUUGCUUCUUUUGAACAUUUUACUUGGUAAACAUGCACCAAAAGUGCAAAAACAUCAUGGAGUUUUAGUUGGCAAUUUUUGUUAUCCCUUGUUAGGACUUGUCAAUGACCAUGCUAUUAGUGGCCAAUGUACUUAUACAAAGCCAAGUGUUUGUUUUAUUGUGUAAAAAAAAAAAAAAAAUUUCUCCAACUUUUAUUAAAGUUCAUGUUAAAGC